GUUUCGAUCUAUUAUUUCUUCACACAGAGAAGCAAGAGGAGGCUUUUGCCCUCCAAAAUGGUUCAAAGGCUCAUUUACAGGAUGCGGCAUAGCUAUGCCACCAAAUCCAACCAGACGAGGAUUGUCAAAACGCCUGGCGGGAGGCUUGUCUACCACACCUCUAAGAAGAGAGCUAGCGGGCCCAAGUGCCCUAUAACCAGAAAGAGGAUCCAAGGGAUCCCUCAUUUGAGACCUACCGAAUACAAGAGGUCUAGAUUAUCUAGAAGCCGGAGGACUAUGAACUGUGCAUAUGGUGGAGUUUUGUCUGCCGGUGUUGUGAGGAAGAAAAUCAUUCUGGGGUUUCUAGUGGAAGAACAAAAGAUUGUGAAGAAAGUAUUGAAGAUCUAGAAGGCGAAAAGCAAGCCACAAAAUCUUAGGUUCAGUUAAAUUUUGAAUUGUGACAGAUAACAUUGGCAAGUUUGUUUUGAAUUUCGAAGAUUGAGUAUUUUUAUCGAGGUGUUGUGACUCGAUUCUUGCCCUAAAAGAAAUGUUUGUUUAAGAUAUUUUUGUUUUUUUGGGAGACAUCUGUUAUUAAUUUAUUCUGAAAUUCUCUUUGAUAA